CGGUGUAGUUCUCCAUCCGCUCUUCAGACCACAGAAGAAGAAGAAGCUGCUUCACAACAUUCAGCGCGAUGGAGUCCAGCGAUGCGGGUCGUGGCGGCUGGAAGACUCAUCAGAAGAGUAAACUGAAUGUGAUCAUGAGACAGGAGGAGCUGAUCGCUCAGAAGAAGAGAGAGAUCGAGGCCAGACUGAAAGAACAGGCUCAGAAGAAGCAGAAGCCCGUCCAGAACCAGAACCUGAACCUGGACCAGAACCAAUCCAGCAGUUCUCCUCCCUCAGAGGCAUCUUCUUCAUCAUCAUCCUCAUCCUCCUCCUCCUCAUCCUCAUCAAACAAGUUUGUGAACGACGGCAGUUUCCUGCAGCAGUUCCUGAAGAUGCAGCGAGAGAAAUCCAGCGCUGAUGAAGGAUCGGCCGGCUCCACCCCCAGCGCUCAGAGCCCGCCCUCAGCCGGAGGUCAGGCUCAGAAGAGGAGCGUUCUGAUCGGAAAGCGGCCCGGUCUGGGGGUCAGCAGCAUGAUCAAUCAGUUCAAGAACUACUCUCCAUCCAAGAAGACAGCGCUGCCCGCGGCCCGACCCAGUGUGUUCAGCUCCCCCGAUGAUGAAGAGGAGGAGGACGAUGAUGCAGACUACCUGGAGGUCAAAGUUUCCCCCCCAGAGGACGGAGAUCUGCGUCUCGUCAUCGAUAAGAUGGCCUCGUUUGUCGCCGAAGGCGGUGCUGAGCUGGAGAAGAAGGCCAUGGAGGACUACAGAGACGAUCCCGUCUUCUCGUUCUUGUUUGAGAAGAGCAGUAAGGAGUUUCUGUACUACAGGAGGAGAGUGGCGGAGAUCAGACGAGACGCGUCGCAUCAGACCGAUGUCUCCUCCUCAGUGGAUGACAGCACCAGGAAGGUGGCGGAGAAACUGGCGCGCUUCGUGGCGGACGGCGGCACGGAGGUGGAGAUCAUGGCUGCUCAACACAACCGAGACAAUCCCGCCUUCAGUUUCCUGUACGACUAUCAGAGCGCGGCUCAUCGCUUCUAUAAGGCUAAAGUGGACGAGUUCCGUCAGGAUAAGAGCAGCAGCGAAUCGCAGACGGCCGUCUCACAGGAACACACACACACCGCCGCCAAGAGGAAGAGGAAGAGCCGCUGGGGAGCCGAGGAUGAUAAAGUGGAGCUGCCCACGCCAGCGCUUAUCAGCCCUGCUGCUCCAGCGGCCGGAUCCAGCACUCCUGCACUGACAGAUCAGGAGCUGAGCAGUCUGGGUUAUAAGAAGGGGAAGCCGGUGGGUCUGGUGGGUGUGACAGAGCUGUCAGACGAUCAGAAGAAACAACUCAAAGAACAACAGGAAAUGCAGGAGAUGCUCGACAUGAUCAUGAAGCACAAGCGUGCGAUGCAGGACAUGCAGCUGUUGUGGGAGAAAACCAUCAAAAACCACCAGCACGAGUACGACAGCGAUGAGGAGCUGGAUCCUGAGGACGGAACCUGGGAGCAUCGGCUCAGACAGAUGGAGAUGGAGAAGACCCGAGAGUGGGCGGAGCAGCUGACGGACAUGGGCAAAGGGAAGCACUUCAUUGGUGACUUCCUGCCUCCGGAUGAGCUGGAGAAGUUCAUGGAGACGUUUAAAGCUCUGAAGGAGGGCAGAGACCCAGAUUACUCAGAGUACAAAGAGUUCAAGCUGACGGUGGAGAACAUCGGCUUCAAGAUGCUGAUGAAGAUGGGCUGGAAGGAGGGCGAUGGUCUGGGCUCAGAUGGACAGGGCAUCAAAAACCCCGUCAACAGGUGGGGCACACACAUUGACCAAUGCGCCCUCUUGUGGCCUCAGGAGAGAAGCCAAAAGCUUUUUAAGAGUGACGAUGAGUACGAUGCUUUCCGUAAGAGGAUGAUGCUGGCGUAUCGCUUCAGACCGAACCCUCUGAACAAUCCCAGAAGGCCGUACUACUGAACGCCGCAGCAUCUCCUCUGGACCUACUUUUUUUUUGUUUAGUCUUUUUUUGAAUUAUGAUGCGCUUUAUUUCAGAAAAUAGAAAAAAAAAUUCACCUGAGUACAUUUUAAUAAGCCCUUCACACGUUUCUGUUUGUUUCUUUAAAGAUGCUGAUUUAUUACAUUUAUUCAAAACUGUAAAAGCCCCUGAUAUAGUCAGCUGCGCAAUAUAAUAUUAACAUCAGUGCAGGUUUUAUGUGUGUUUUACCCAUUGAUGAGCACAGAUAUUAUAAAUGAAACCCCACGACAAACCCUCUCAGUCAUUUCGGGCUCGUUACAGUCCUGAUUAAACGGAUUCAACCGUCUGUCAUUGACUCUGUGAGAUCAAUUAAACGCCUGUGCUCUCA